GGGGGAUGAGGAGAGUGCUUCCGUUCGUCGUCUGUCCUUGUGCCAAACCCUACGUGUCUGAAACUCGGUCAAAAUGCCCAAGAAGAAGACAGGACAGCGCAAGAAGGCAGAAAAGCAGAGACUUCGACAGAAGGAGAUUCGAUCCGCCCGCGACAAUGUUCCUCUUGCCAAAUAUCCUUGCAACGCGUCGAUGGAAUGCGACAGAUGCGAAAGGAAGCAGAAGAAUCGUGCAUUUUGCUAUUUCUGCCAGAGUUUGCAGAGGCUACCACAAUGUGCUCAUUGUGGUAAAGUGAAGUGCAUGCUGAAGACAGGAGACUGCUGCGUCAAACACCCUGGCCAGUUUUCAACUGGAAUGGGCAUGGUGGGUGCCAUUUGCGACUUCUGUGAAGCUUGGGUGUGCCAUGGACGCAAGUGCCUGACAACUCAUGCCUGUACUUGUCCACUGCAAGAUUCGGUUUGCAUUGAGUGUGAGCGAGGCGUAUGGGAUCACGGCGGCCGAAUGUUCCAGUGCUCAUUCUGCAAUAAUUUCCUAUGUGAAGACGAUCAGUUUGAACAUCAAGCCUCCUGCCAAGUGAUUGAGUCUGAAAACUUGAAAUGCCAAUCCUGCAACAAGCUGGGUCAAUACUCUUGCCUGCGUUGCAAAGUGUGCUUCUGUGAAGAUCAUGUACGAAGGAAAGGCUUCAAGUACGAGAAAGGAAAGACCAUUCCUUGCCCGAAAUGUGGCUAUGAUACCUCUCAAACUAAGGACCUCAGCAUGUCAACUCGGAGUCACAAGUUUGGUCGUCAAGGCCUUGGGGGCGAUGAUGAUGAUGAUGAGGGUGGAUCUGGAUAUGGCUACUAUGGAGGCACUGCCAGCUAUGGAGAUGAUGAAGAUGAUGAUGAGGAUUAUUCUGGAGGUUCUGAUGAUUCCUACACUGAUUCUGAUGAUUCUGAUGAUGACUCUGAUGAUGAUGAUGAGGAGGAUGAAGAGGAUAAGGAAGAUAAAGAAGAGGACAAGAGCAAAAAGGAUGUGGCAAAGUAAACAGGGUCUAAGCAUGUUGGUGUCUAGGGAAAUAAUGUGCAAUGUCACAUUGACAAUAGAAGGGUACAAUAUUCCAAAUGAAGUCUUCCUCGUGCCUUCUAAUGGAUUAUUUUGCAACUUAUGUACAU